AUGAGGCGAUGGGGUCGUCGUUACGUCACACGCGUAAAAGUCCGACCCAUGGAUGCUGCAAAAGGUAAAAAGGGUGCAAAAGCAAGGACACCUUCACCAAUAGACGGCCUUACUAUGGAGGAGAUGCCCAUAGAACAGCUGAAAGAACGCAUCUUGCGCCGUAAUGAAGAACUGGACCGGGGCAUGACCAUGAACAAUUACUAUAUGCUGGGGAGGAACAAGAUCGACACCAUGAGGGCGAUCGCUGAAAGAGAACUGGAGGAGCUCAAGGCUAAGUGCAAAAACUUGGAUAAGGAAACAGAGACCGAUGAUCGGCACCGCCUAGCAGAGAUGAAGGAGCAUAAGCAGAACUUAAGACGCCUCCUGUGUGAACACCAGAACACCAUCUCUGAACUGAAAGCUGAUGGUUUAACGUCCACUGACGCGGUGCAGAAACAGCAAGUGCGCUUAGGGCAUGAGCAUCAUAAGAUGAUGGAGGGCAUCAGGGUGGACACACAGGAGUUAGACAUUGAAAGCAUUGUCAAGGAGAUGGAACUGAAACAUGAAGCAGAAAUGACUAAAACAAGGAACAUCUGGGAGCUGCAGCUCGCGGAAAUUUCAGCCAAGAAUGAGAAAAAGAUGGAGGAAGAGCAACAACAGCUGGACAACACGAGGAAAAGUGUAACCAGCGAGCAACAGGAUUUAUUCUACAACCACAUCGGCACUCUCUUUAGACAGCAUGCCAGCCUUCUUGAUGAUUUUAAUGUCCUCCAAAAAGACAAGGAACAGGAUGAGGCUAAAAUUCGUUCGAUGAAGGCAAAUAAAUACUUGAACCCGGUAGAGCCUGUGAACGACGACAUGAAGGACAACCGUCAUCUUCACAACAUUCUCUUAGCCCUCAAGGACGACACCGAAGCCGCCUUCUCUGACAUCGCAGAAUUCGAGCAAAGGAGAAAAGAAAGGAUUGACCAAGGGGAGCGCAUCGAAAAGGCCAAAGAGAAAGAGCUGGCUGAUCGGAAAAAGGACGUAGAGGCACUGCGAAAGAAAUUGAGUGAGCUUCAACUGGAAAAGGAGCAGCAGGAUAAGUUGUCGGAUGAGAACAUUCGGAGGGCGCAGCAGAAAGCAGAUAUGAAGAUCAUGCUGCUGACAAAGAAACUGAAAGCUGUAACAGACGAUCUGGAAAAGACGCAGACUCAGCUCUCCUCAGUGCUCUCCGACUCUAAUAUUGACCAAACUGCCCUUCUUGGGAUCACAAAUAAAAUUGAGGGAGAUAUAUCCUCCUGCGACGAUUCCAUCAAGAACUUUAGGAAUAUGAAAGUAAAGAUUUCUGAGGCCUACAAGGAACUGCUGCUGAUCCAUGAGGCGAAGCAAAGAACUGUUGGAGUGUUUGUCUGA